AUUUGGAAUAUCAACCCACUGUAAACAAGAGAUAGGAAGUCAUGAAUAUUUAAUUAGGGGUCACAGAGACGUCAUCACGCCGCGUCUGAACUGAGUAUCAUUGGCGCCAAAGAAGACUGCGGACUGUUCCAAUCUGUCCAAAAUAAAGAAAAGAUAUUGACACAUGCUUAAAAAUGGACAUCCGGAGGUUUUUUGCUCCCACCAAACCAGCGGCUCCCAAAUCUUCAAACGGAAGCACCAGCACUGAUGAAGUGACUAAGAAGAAACAGAAAUCAAAACCAGUCAAAAGUCCCAAAUCUGACGAGAAACCUACUGGAAAAAGAAAGAAAAGAGUCAUAAUUGAUUCAGACUCUGAGGAAGAGAAGAAGACCAAGAAGAGCACUAAAGAGACCGCUGCCCCCACGGAGAAGAAACACCCAGUGACUUAUGUGUCUGAUUCUGAUUCAGAUGAAACAUUUGUGACUCUGAAAAAGUCCUCCAAACCCAGAGAAAAUGGAACAGUUAAAGGCAAGAAGGCAUCAGACUCGGGCAAAACAAAAGAGGUGAAAACGUCCUCCAGUAAAUCUCCAACCAAAUCUCCGACCACAGCUGUGAAGGGAGGGACGAAGAGCUCUCAUUCCAUCACCUCCCCAAAGACAGCACCAACCCCACCCAAAAAGACACCCACCUCAGUAAUGGACUUUUUCGGGAGCUCCAGUGUUCAGAGAUCGGACAAGAAAAUGGUUGCUAGUACCAGCAUCAAGAGGAAGGCAGUAACCGAGGAGUCGUUCAGUGAUGAAGGCGUUGCAAGAGAACUUCAGAUGGAUGAAGACAUGGAGAUGGAGAAGCAGAUCCAUGACGAUGCGGAAUUUGCAAGAACAUUAGCCAUGCUCGAUGAAGCUCCCUUGGCGAAAAAGGCCCGUGUAGACCCGGUUUCCCCCUCUCAGGCAAAAACCUUAGAGACCAAGCCCAAGCUAAAGGAGCCUUCCCCUAAAACAAGCCCCGUCAAGACUAGCUCCAAACUGGCUCAGAUGAAAAGACAACAGGAACAAAUGAACGAGGAAAGGAAGAAACUAGUAAGGGGUGAAAAGCAGAUUAAGAUCUCUCCAAAGAAGGAGCCCAUUUCAUCUAAUUACUCGGAGCGGGCAGCCACGCCCAAAACAGGAAGAUCUUCAACACCUAAAAGUGACGGUGCACCCAUUAAAACGUCACCAACAAAACCAGAGAAUAUAAGUCCUGAGGACAUAGAAAAGAAACAUGCAAAUACAUCAGCGUACCGUAACUAUCUGAACAGAGAAGGGCCACGAGCACUGGGGUCGAAAGAGAUACCACAGGGAGCAGAGAACUGUCUGGAGGGGUGUGCAUUUGUGUUGACUGGUGUGUUAGAGUCUUUGGAGAGGGAUGACGCGAAGUCACUGAUAGAGCGAUACGGCGGGAAAGUCACAGGAAACAUCAGCCGCAAAACCACUUAUCUUGUUCUGGGACGAGACAGCGGAGCCUCAAAGACUGAGAAGGCGGAGAGUAUUGGCACUAAGAUUAUUACAGAAGAUGACUUGUUGGAUCUUAUAAGAACCAAACCAGGCAAAAAGUCCAAAUAUGAGAUUGCAGCCGAAGCAGAGUGUAAAUCAGCUAAAACAAGGACCACAAACUCUGGAGGCAAAUCCACUUCUCUGGCCAAAAAGGCCUCACCACAAGGACCCAGCCCCAACAAGAGAAGCCCUUUUGUGGGGAAGUCUAAGCCUGGCUCUGCUGCUACCUCUGGAUCACCUGGAGCUUCUCGAUCAAGUUCAGACGUCAAAAAGAGUUUAAGCUUUGAUCAGACCAAGACAACAUCUACCCCAGACAAUGACGGGAGCAGCCUGUUGUGGGUGGACAAGUACCGGCCCCGCAGUCUAAAGAAUCUGAUUGGGCAACAAGGGGAUCUGAGUUGUGCCAAUAAACUUCUGCGUUGGUUACAAAACUGGCAUAAAAAUCACAGCGGCAAUGCAAAAGCACCAGCUAAGUUUGGUAAGUUUGGGAGUAAAGAUGAUGGAUCUGGAUUUAAGGCGGCGUUGUUAUCCGGGCCUCCUGGUGUUGGGAAGACCACUACUGCUGCUCUCGUCUGUGAGGAGUUGGGUUACAGCUACGUGGAGAUGAAUGCGAGCUGCACCCGCAGUAAGAACAGUUUAAAAGAAGUGAUUGCAGAAUCACUCAACAACACCAGCAUUAAGAACUUCUAUACUGGUGCAUCUCAGACUGUGAGCAAUAAACACGUCCUUAUAAUGGACGAGGUGGAUGGGAUGGCAGGAAAUGAAGACAGAGGAGGAAUUCAGGAGAUGAUCGGUCUAAUAAAGCAGUCAAAGAUUCCCAUCGUCUGCAUGUGCAAUGACCGCAAUCAUCAGAAGAUCCGCUCGUUGGCCAACUACUGCUACGACCUGCGAUUCCAGAGACCCCGUGUUGAGCAGAUCAAGGCGGCUGUGAUGUCUAUAGCUUUCAAAGAGGGUCUGAAGAUCCCACCCCCAGCACUGAAUGAAGUCAUCUUGGCAUCCAAUCAGGAUAUUCGACAGGUGCUGCAUAAUCUGAGCAUGUGGUCUGCUAAAGACAAAGUCAUGACCUAUGACCAAGCCAAAGCUGAUGCUAACAAUGCUAAGAAGGACAUGAAACUGGGUCCGUUUGAUGUGUGCCGGAAGGUGUUUGCCUCGGGAGAGGAAACUGCCCACAUGUCUUUGAUUGACAAGUCAGACCUUUUCUUCCACGACUACUCCUUAGCACCACUGUUUGUACAAGAGAACUACAUACAUGUCCGACCAGCCGCAGCAGGGGGAAAUCUGAAGAAUCAUUUGGUGUUGUUGAGUAAAGCAGCAGACAGCAUUUGUGAUGGUGAUUUAGUAGACAAACAGAUCCGCUCCAGACAGACCUGGUCUUUGCUUCCCACACAGGCGAUCUAUGCGAGCGUGUUGCCUGGGGAACUGAUGCGAGGUUAUAUGAGUCAGUUUCCAACCUUUCCCAGCUGGUUGGGCAAAUUCUCAUCAGCUGGCAAACACAGCCGCAUCAUACAGGAGCUCGCUUCACACAUGAGUCUAAAGACGUUAAGCAGUAAGGAAUCAAUAAAUCUGGAUUACCUGCCAUAUUUGCAUUCAGCAAUAUUGGAGCCUCUUCAGUCCCAUGGUGCAGAGGGAGCCAGUCAGAGUGUUACGCUUAUGGACAGUUAUAACAUCAUCAAAGAGGAUGUUGAUAACAUGAUGGAGAUCAUUACAUGGGGCGGACAGCCAGAUCCUUACUCUAAACUAGACUCCAAGGUGAAAGCUGCUUUUACACGAGCAUACAAUAAGGAGUCCCAUCUAACUCCAUACUCCUUACACGUGGUUAAGAAAAGCCGUAAAGGUGCCGUUGACCCUGAGCUUGUUGGAGACCUUGACAAUGAAUCUCAGCCCCAGGAAGAGGAGGAAGAGGACGGGCUUACCACAGAUGCCAUGAUCAAGCAGAAGAAAGCCAAACCAGCAAAAGAGCCCAAGCAGGCGAAAGCCGGGGAUUCUGGGAAGGGAAAAGGCAAGGGUAAAGGAAAAGGAAAAGAACAGAGAUUGAGAUAAACAUGAGGAUGGAGAAAGAGACAGAAGCCCCUCCUCUCUCUGUUUUCAUUAAGAUGUGAGUGGGUGAAGUAGGGAUGACAUCAGCUCUAUAAACAGAACGUUUGGUCUGUGACUCAUACUUGUGCACUUCCUGAAAACCAUCACUCAAUUUAAGCUGCUUUCAGCAGAGUGGACACUGCAGGGACCAGGAGCAGGGGGUGGACCACACACUUCACAAAAUAUAUAGUUCACUAUUCAUCAGACUUAUCACAUGCAUCAUACUGUUAACACUUGGAUUUAAUGGUAUAUUUAUCUGAAAGGUAUACAUUAUUAAAGGUCACUUCAUUUCAUCUCACUCUUGCAUCAUGAUAACAAAAUAUGAGUGUUGAAAUAUAUUCGCUCCUCUUGUUUUCAAACACAAAGUCAUACUUGCCCACUUUUCUUUUUGGAUGCCAGCUCAGUGGCCACACAAGAGCAAAAUGUAUAUAUCUUUCUGCCAUAUUAGCGUUUGUAUAUCCAAAUAAUCUCCCUUUCCUAGUGUUACAGAUUUUCUAAGAAUUGCAGUAAUUUUGAAUACAGACUGAUAGUGUGUAUUAUAAACCUGAAGAUUACUCUGUUAAUGACAACUGUGUUCGAUUUAAUAAUUAAAAUGAGGAUUAAGUC